CACUCCUUUGUUUGAGCCUUUUCCGCCUCUGCUGCUGCUCCCUAUCUCCCGAUUCAUUCCCGGCCAAAGUCCCUCAUCACUCCUUUCCCGUUACUAGUGUGCGGCUGCAGGCGAAGGAUCUUCUUCAGGUGGUUCCGCAAAGAUAGAGGCUUUAGAAUCAGAUGGAGGGCGUGAAGGAGGUCCACCUCCAGAGGUUAACAGUUAGUCAGGAGGAGCAGUUGAAGGUCGAAGAGAGGGUAUCACAAAUUUUAAGCGUAUUGACUGAUGUAUCCCCACAUACAAAAUCCUUAAUGUUGGAGCUUUGGAAUGACAAGCACAUCGAAUUUCUGAUGGCGGGUUUUAGACAACUUGGACCUAGCUAUUGUGUCUUGGAUGCAAAUCGCCCAUGGUUGUGCUAUUGGAUUCUUCACUCAGCUGCUCUUUUGGGGGAAUAUGUUGAUUCUGAACUUGAGCAGCGUGCAAUUGACUUUAUUUCUCGUUGUCAGGAUGUUGAUGGUGGCUAUGGUGGCGGCCCUGGUCAGAUGCCACACCUUGCAACAACUUACGCAGCUGUAAAUUCACUUAUUACCUUGGGAGGCAUUAGCGCUCUUUCAUCAAUAAACCGGGAAAAAAUGCACAUGUUCCUUAUGAGGAUGAAAGAUCCAUCUGGGGGCUUCAGAAUGCAUGAAGCUGGUGAAAUGGAUGUCAGAGCUUGCUAUACCGCAAUAUCUGUGGCCAGUAUUCUGAACAUAUUGAACCAUGGAUUGGUUGAAAAUGUUGGAUCUUACAUAUCAAGUUGCCAAACAUAUGAAGGGGGAAUUGCAGGGGAGCCUGGUUCAGAAGCUCAUGGCGGGUACACGUUUUGUGGGUUGGCAACAUUAAUGCUGAUUAAUGAGGUUGACUGUCUGGACUUGCCUCGGCUUUUGGACUGGGUGGUGUUUCGUCAGGGAGAAAUAGAAGGUGGUUUUCAAGGUCGAGCAAACAAGUUAGUGGAUGGUUGUUACUCCUUUUGGCAGGGGGGAGCUCUUGCACUUCUUCAGAAAAUAUCGUUACUUAUUGAUAAGCAACUGAAGAUGUCAUUUUUAGGUUCAACCAGACAAUCUUCAGAGAGCACCUUCAUUACCGAUUUAAAUCUCUCCAAAGAAGGAAAAGAUACUGGAUUUUCUUUCCUUGAUGGGGUAGCCGAGUCUGGACCUUUGUUUGAUCCGUUCGCCCUACAGCAUUACAUACUUUUAUGUUCUCAGGUUUUGGAAGGUGGAUUCAAGGACAAGCCAGGAAAACAUAGAGACUAUUACCAUACUUGCUAUUGUCUAAGUGGUCUUUCUGUAUGUCAGCAUAGCGAGUCCAAGGCCGUCGGAGAUUCACCAAAACCAACCAGUGUGUUGGGCCCAUUUUCCAAUUUGCUGGAGCCUAUUCACCCUCUCUUUAAUGUGAUUUUGGACCGAUACUACGAAGCGCAUGACUUUUUCUCGAGGAUGUAGCAGACACCUGCACUUGAGCUUUUUUCUUCAAUUCCUGGAGUUGGCUUUCUUUGAUUGCUUCACUGGCAUCUGCCUACAACUGAACUUAUUGUACCAUCGCUAACCUCAUUGAAAAGUUCUACCCUACCUUUCUGUAGUUCAUAGCAGUGUCAUGAGUUGAGAUUUUAAGGGUCAAUCCAGUAAUUUAACAUUACAUUAACACCAAAUAGAGAGAGAGACAUGAGAAAAGCAAAGAGCAUUCUUUGAAUCGUUAACUACUUCUGUUU